AUGGCUACUAAGCCUGGCGCCUACAAGCGCCUCAUUGUGCUUUGUGAUGGAACGUGGCAGAACGUUCUCUCGGGUGAUAAAAAAUCACACCCGACCAAUGUCGCACGGUUGGCGAGGUGUAUCAGUCCUGUUGCGAGGGUGAAGGAGAAGGAUGGGACGAUUCGGGAAAUUGAGCAGAUCGUUUACUAUCAGGCUGGGGUCGGUACUGGAGCAGGUGAUCGUCUCCGUGGAGGUGCAUAUGGGAUGGGAAUCUCAUCCAAUAUUCGGUCAUCGUACGGCUUCCUCGCGCAUAACUACGAUCCAAACCCAGGUGACGAGAUUUUCUUCUUCGGAUUCUCGCGAGGUGCAUUUACUGCAAGAUCAAUUGCAGGUCUAGUGACGAAACUCGGGCUUCUCACCAAGCGAGGAAUGGAUUACUUUCCCGAAGUGUACGACGAAUUCUACAAGGACCCGGGAAGCACUCCAGAUUUCAAUUUCUCCGAAGGGUUACUCAAGAAAAUCGGAACGGAUCGAAUCGCCAAGGCCAAAUAUGCUGUAAAGCUCGUGGGAGUAUGGGACACAGUUGAGUUUCACGGCGAGGGCAUGAGUGGCGAGAAGAUCGAGUUCCACAACGCCGAACUCUCGCCCAAAAUCCAGUAUGCGUACCAUGCCCUGGCUCUGGAUGAACGUCGCACGCCAUAUGUCCCAACGCUCUGGCAGUGGCCAUCAGGAUAUGUGCCAGCCUCGGAUGGGACAGGACUUCAGGUCAUGAAGCAGGUAUGGUUCAGCGGCGUACAUUCCGACGUAGGUGGAGGCAAGUACGAUCCGAAUUGCUCAGAUGUGACACUCGCCUGGAUGAUCGCACAGUGUCACAAAGACGGGAAACUAUCGUUCACAGAUGAAGAUCCGGUGAACCCAGACGAUGCAAAUGAGUACUAUCUCCUGCCGGACCGGUUGAAGAAGAACACCAACACGAAAUGGACGAGAUUGGCAAAAGCAUCUGAACCAGACCCAUUGGACACGUUCUGGGACUCCGCAUGGGGCAAAAUCCAGUCCUGGAGCAGUCAAGAUCGCAAAGCACUAAUAUUGGACAACACUCAGGAGAAGAUCCAUCGCUCAAUUCGCGAUCGAGAUUUGAAGGCCUGGCCGUGCCCUCUUCUCGAUGGCACACAACAGAAAGGUGCUUGGGGGCUGAAGAUGCCUGGCAAAGGUGGUAAAGCCUUGCAAGAGGCCGAGCCUGACCCAGUUGCGGACGCCAUUGAAGAGAAAUACAUCAACCGAAUUCGACCGUCGCCGAGUCAGAAGGGUGCGACAAAAUUGUAG